GCGAGCUCUCGGUCCGAUUUCCCCCCUCUCAGAACAGUCCAUUAUUUAUUUCGAUUUCACCCUAAUUUUCCCUCUACUUCCACUUUUUGUAUUUAAAUUAAAUACAAUCAAAUCCCUCUCUCUCUAGGGUUUUUGAAAUCCUAACCCUAGAAUUUCAAAAACCCUAGCCCCCAAUUACAAAAUCUUGGGUUCCAAAGAUCCAUGGAUACAGCCGCCACCGUCGAUUCUAAGGGCGGGGACGAGCUGACGAGAUCCAGGGAUCACCAAGAUUCAACCUUCGAUGUUUCAAGCAAUGUUUGGGAAAUUUCGAUCCCAGGACCCUAUCUUUACCGUAAUAAUACGUACAUUUUCCCGCCGGAGGCUGAGAAUUUCAUAGAGCUCGAGGGUUUGCAGGUUAAAUUCUUGACAAGGGGCCUGUCAAAGGUUUCAAGUAAGAAGCUUUGGUGCUUGAUGGAACUGAACCUUUUUAGGGUUCCAAGGAGACCUAGGGCUCUCUCUGUGUUGGGGGAGAGUGUGAGUUUUCGGUGGUUGACCAAGCUUUCCAUAUGUCAUUUCUCGCUUAGAUGCCUUCCUCCAGAAGUUGGCUGUCUUAAAAAACUUGAGGAGCUUGAACUUUCUUUCAAUAAGAUGAAGGAUUUAUCCAAUGAUAUAUGUGAAUUGCAUCAUCUCAAAUUACUUAGAGUUACAAAUAAUAAAUUGGUCGAUCUGCCUUCAGGAAUCUCCUCAUUGGGAAGGCUGGAAAAGUUGGAUCUCUCAAAUAAUAGGCUGACUUCAUUAUCACAGCUUGAACUGGCUUCUAUGCGUACUCUACAGUAUCUGAACCUUCAGGACAAUAAGCUCCACUUCUCCUUUGACAUUCCAUCAUGGAUAUGCUGUAAAUUAGGCGGAAAUGAAGGAGAUAUUUCUAAGUGGAGAGUAGAUGAUCGUUGUGAUAUUAUGGUUGUGAAGAUGGACGACGAAAAUGAUUCUCAUAAAUAUACCAUAUUAGGAAAUGGACGGUCCAAGUUACAUCUUAAUUAUGAAGAAAGACUGGUCGACCAUCCUGCAGAAGAUAAGUUUUCACACGGUGCUAACGGUGUUGUUGAUGUUUCUGCACGAGUUGUCCCCAGUCUUGAUGAUAAUGGAAAUAUUGGAUUAACCAACAUAAGUUAUGGAGAUAAUAGCUCUUGUAUAACUGAAUCUAACUUCUUGAACACAGAAAAUGACUAUGAAGAUGAGAGUGUGUCUAGCUGUCUCCUGCCUUGUCCUCAGAAUGAACUAACUGUGUCUGAUGAUAAUUCUUCUUCUGACACAGAUAAACGUAUUGUAAAAUCCAAAAGGCAUUCUGAUAAGGAUCUUGAUAACCCUAAACCAAGCAAGUUCCGGAGGGCUUUCGAUGAUUACUCAUAUGCAUCAUGCAAAUAUAGUACAGAUUCUUUCUGUAGCAUUGAUGAUUAUCUACCAGAUGGUUUCUAUGAUGCUGGACGUGAUCGCCUCUUUAUGUCGUUGGAUGAAUAUGAGCGAAGUCUUUGCCUUGAUUCACGUGAAGUUAUUCUUUUGGAUAGACAUAGGGAUGAAGAGUUGGAUGCAAUUGCCUCUUCUGCCCAAAUGCUUUUAUCCAGCUUUAGGAGGUCAUGUUCAAGGGAGAAUAAGGAUCAUGAAGUUGAUAACUUGCAGAGGGCAUCAAUUCUUGCUAUGUUUGUAUCGGAUUGUUUUGGAGGAAGUGAUAGGAGUUCCACAAUCAUUAAAUUACGGAGGACCAUGGUUGGUUCAAAUAAGCAGCAACCAUUUAUCUGUACGUGUUGGGCAGGAAAUGUACAUGGUAAAGGAGAUAUUGAUAAGCAGGGAUUUGGUAUGGGAACAAAUUUUAACUUUGAAGAGUUGUGUGAUAAUUCUCUGCGGUUAAUUAAGGCUAGACGCAAUUCCAUUGUUGUACCCAUAGGAACCUUGCGUUUUGGCGUUUGUAGGCACAGAGCUGUUCUUAUGAAGUAUCUGUGUGAUCGAGCAGACCCUCCGAUUCCCUGCGAACUUGUGAGGGGAUUCCUAGAUUACAUGCCACAUGCCUGGAAUGCCAUUCAUGUCAAGAAAGGCAAUUCAUUUGUGAGGAUGAUUGUUGACGCAUGCCAUCCAGCAGAUAUAAGAGAAGAAACUGAUCCAGAGUACUACUGCAGAUACUUCCCUCUUUGCCGGGUCCAGCUUCCCUCACCUGCUGAAAAUUCUUCUUAUUUCGGGUGUUCCUUUUCUUUUCCGUCCUUGUCCCGUGAGAUUGAGAAAGCAAAAUCACAGUCUGUAUUUCAUUGCAAGUUCGGUACAAUUGAUGCUGCAGUAAAGGUUCGCAACUUGGAAUCUUGCAGGGCGUCAUUGGAGGAGAUAAGAAAUUUUGAAUACUCAUUCUUGGGAGAGGUUAGAAUGCUUGGCGCUUUGAGGAAACACAGUUCUAUUGUUGAAAUAUAUGGUCAUCAGCUUUCGUACAAGUGGGCUCCUUCAGUAGAAGGGGUUAAAGAAAAUAGGUUAUUGCAGUCUUUAAUUGUUAUGGAGUACAUAAAAGGCGGAUCCGUGAAGGUAAUUUGUUGGUAUUUAUUGGAAAGGGGAGAAAAGAAUGCACCAGUUGACAUAGCUCUUUUUAUUGCUAGAGAUGUUGCGUGUGCGUUGGUUGAGCUGCACUCCAAGAACAUUAUUCAUAGGGAUAUAAAAAGUGAAAAUAUUUUAAUCGACCUAGACCGCAAGAGAAGUGAUGGGACUCCAGUUAUCAAGCUUGCUGAUUUUGAUAGAUCUGUGCCGCUCCAAUCUUUUAUGCACACUUGUUGUAAUGCACAUAUUGGAAUUCAUCCACCGGAUGUUUGCGUAGGAACUCCACGAUGGAUGGCUCCAGAGGUACUGCAGGCUAUGCAUCAAAAGAAUCACUAUGGUCUGGAAGUGGAUAUCUGGUCCUAUGGCUGUCUUCUAUAUGAACUGCUCACUCUUCAAAUUCCUUACAGCGGGCUCUCUGAUGAUGAGAUAUACAACCUUCUGCAGAUGAAACGACGUCCGAGGCUUACACCUGAACUGGAGUCACUAGCUUUGUUUGACGAACCAGAUGCUGAAUCUGAUGCUGAUGCUGAAACGUUGAAGCUCUUGAUAGAUUUAUUUUACGAGUGUACCUCAAGUGAGCCAACUGAUCGUCCUACUGCCCAAUAUAUUUAUGAUAAGCUAGAUGAAGUUUCAAGACAGCCAGGCACAGCUCAAAUAAGGGUGAGCAGCAAUGGCAGCAGUAGCUAAUUUAUGUUCCCGGAAUUUUUUUGUAGUUUCCUAAUUUUGUAUUACUAUGAAUCAGCCCAAAGGUUGAUAGUCUUAAGUCAAUUUGUAACAUUUAAUCAUUAAUUCAAUCAUUCAUUUUCUAAGAGUAUAAUUUAAUAUGUCAUACGGCACAGUUUUGGUUCUCAAGAAUCUGAUUGUUAACAGUAGUUGAUUGA